GAACUCAGAAGACACAGACAUACUAUUUUCUACUCGGAAGUCGGAACUUCGACGGUAAAGUUAAAAAUCGUUUCUCUUCUCGAACAAAUAUGUCCGAACUCCAUGCUACUUCAAUGCCUUAGUUCUUUAUUGAAUCCCAUCCUCCGCCUUCGUACUGUUUCUCGCUGUUUAGCUCACCAAAAUCUCCUGCCUCAGAUUUCUGGGAUCUAGAUUCUAAAGUUCUUGAUGUUGGCUUCUUAGACAUAUAUAGCUACGACUUUAAGAUGGAGAAUGGGGCUAGACAGAAGAGUAAGAUAGCAUUUGGUUUAUUCAGAAUGAAGAAGUGGUCUGGUGGUGUGUUGAUUGUAGUGCUUGCUAUAGUCUUGGUUAUGAGUUAUAGCCUUAGGGAAACACAUCCAAAAAGGCAGACAGCAUAUGAUUUCUUCAGAAACCAUCCAGCUGGUGGCACUCUUGUGAAGAAUAAUGAUUCUGUUGCAACUCCUAAGAUGGAAGUGAAAAAGGUACCAAGAGCUGUGACGAAGCCACAUCUUGUAAAUAUGGAAGGACUUGAUGAUUUAUAUGCUUCUAGAAAUAUUCCUGAAGAGGAGUCAAAUGCCUUACUUUUAUGGCCCCAUAUGCGUUUGCUUCUCUCUAGGUCUGAUGCUUUACCUGAAACUCUUCAGGGGAUUAAAGAGGCUGCUAUAGCAUGGAAGGAGUUAAUGGAUGCAAUUGAGGAAGAAAGAGCUGUCAAGUCUAGUAACAUUGACGAACCAGAAGAAAACUGCCCUUUCUCUGUUAGUACCCUUGAUAAGACAUUACUCAGCAGUGGAAAUAUUCUUGAGCUCCCAUGUGGUCUUGUUGAGGAUUCUUCCAUUACAGUUGUUGGCAUCCCUGAUGGACACCAUCGAAGUUUUGAAAUUGAACUUGUGGGAUCAAACUUUUCUGGGGAGUCAAAGCCUCCUAUCAUCCUUCAGUACAAUGUCAGUCUUCCCGGGGAUAAUAUGACUGAGGAGCCUUUUAUAGUUCAAAAUACAUGGACAAAUGAACUUGGGUGGGGAAAAGAAGAAAAAUGUCCUUCGCAUGGAUCUGAUAACAAUCUAAAAGUUGAUGGACUCAGUCUUUGCAAUGAACAAGUUGUCAGAGGCACUGUGGAAGAGAACCAAAACACCAGUCUCUCUAGUGGCUACAGCUUGACCAAUGCUUCCCAUGGAAGUGCUAAUUUCCCAUUUGUUGAAGGAAAUCCUUUUACUGCUACCUUGUGGGUUGGUUUAGAGGGAUUCCAUAUGACUGUGAAUGGAAGGCAUGAAACCUCAUUUGCCUACAGGAAGAAACUUGAGCCCUGGGCAGUUAAUGUAGUUAAAGUAGCAGGUGGUUUGGAUCUCCUGUCUGCCUUUUCUGAAGGCUUGCCAGUUUCUGAAGAUCAUGAGUUAAUAGUUAAUGCGGAGCACUUGAAAGCUCCCUCAAUUUCUAGGGAAAGACUACUAAUGCUGGUUGGGAUCUUCUCUACUGGAAAUAAUUUCAAGCGUCGCAUGGCAUUGAGAAGAUCUUGGAUGCAAUAUGAGGCUGUACGUUCUGGGGAUAUUGCUGUCCGAUUUUUCAUUGGCCUUAACACAAACAAACAAGCAAAUUAUGAGCUGUGGAGAGAAGCUCGAACGUAUGGAGACAUCCAGUUCAUGCCUUUUGUUGAUUACUACAGCCUGAUCACUUUGAAAACAAUUGCAGUUUGCAUUAUGGGGACUAAAAUUCUCCCUGCUAAAUACAUUAUGAAAACGGAUGAUGAUGCUUUUGUUAGAAUUGAUGAGGUUGUCUCCAGCCUCAAGGGGAAGACAUCUAAUGGCCUGUUGUAUGGCCUUAUAGCCUUAGAAUCAUCUCCUCAUAGGGAAAAGGACAGCAAAUGGUACAUCACUGAGAAGGAAUGGCCACAUGAUAAAUAUCCACCAUGGGCACAUGGUCCCGGUUACAUUAUAUCUAGGGACAUUGCAAAGUUCAUUGUCCAAGGCCACCAGGAGAGGGAUCUCCAGCUUUUCAAACUAGAAGAUGUUGCAAUGGGAAUAUGGAUCCAACAGUUCAAUGCCAGUGGUCAUGAAGUGCAUUACAUCAAUGAUGAGAGGUUCUACAAUGCUGGAUGUGAUACAAAUUACAUCCUCGCUCAUUAUCAAGGCCCAAGGAUGGUUUUAUGCCUAUGGGAAAAGUUGCAGAAAGAGAAGCAGGCCAUUUGCUGUGAAUAAACAAAAACUCAAACCUCGCUAAAAACUUGAAUCAUUAACAGCUCAACUCUUCUCAACAAUCAAUGCCAAGUCAAAUUCACCAAACUGCUUGCUUUUCGUGUCAGAUACCGCAUUGAUGACUUGACUUUGAGCCUCAAGCUACAAUUUUUUAUGCUCAAUUGUCUUCAAAUAGAGUCCCUAGUGUUCUACUUUUUCUUUUUUCUUUAAAUUCAUUUCAUUGAUGAUAUUCUUAAUGACUCUCAUCAAUGCCAAUUUAGAAUUAAAAUGAAAGUGGUAUUAUUAAUCAGCAUCAACAGGUUGACUUCAAUGAUGUGUAUGCAUCACGUCUCUAAAGGUGCUGAAUGCUGUUGCACCAAUCAAUGUGGGACAAACCAGAAUUGUAAAGGCAAUAGCUUUGCCCCUUUAAAGCACGGAUAUAUUAAAAUAUCAUACCAAUU